UCUCUAGCUGAGCGUCUUCAGACAGAAAAAAACAACAAAUAUAUGCAUGUGCAAUAAACCAAACAUAAAUAAUAACAUUUCGCCCAGAAGAGAGCCAGCGCUGUUAAAAUGGCCAAUGCAGCCUCCAACGUGCGCUGCAUCAACUUUUACGACCUCUGCAGAGUCUGCACCGACAGCAGCGACCACAAGACGAAUGUCUUCUCGCCCGAGGGACGCGCCAAGAAUCUGAGCAGCAAGAUCUCCGAGUGCCUCUCGCUGCAGAUCGAUGAGAAGGACCGCCUUCCCAAGGUGGUCUGCGCCCAGUGCGUGCAGCUGGUGGAGCAGAUGCACAGCCUCCGGGCCACCUGCCGCAACUCCCAGACGAUGCUUAGCAACUGCCUAAACAUACGGCCCACGCCAAGCGGCGACAAGCUGUAUAUCCGGGAUGCCGUCGACGAGUCUGGCAAGAGCCUUAGCGUGGUGCAGGCCCCGUCAACGGUCUCUGGUGGUGCCCAGCAGUCCAGCAAUCUGCUGAGCAGCAUCAUGCAGGCGGUGGGCAUGCAGCCGCAGCAGCAGUACACGAUCACGGUGGACAAUGGGAUCCAGCAGCAGAAUCUGCCGGAAGUGCAGGUCAAAAGCGAAAAACAGACGGUUUUGGAAGAGUUUAUCCGGCUCAAGCCCGACAUCAAGAUAACGCCGCUGGGCAAGAAGGAAACCAACAGCAAUGCCGCCAGGCCUCAGCCAGUAAUCUCUCAGCCGCCGCCUCUCCAGCCGCAGUCAGUGACCACCGCCACAGUAAACACGCCACAAAUCCAGUUGCAGACGCAGAUAGGAGAUCAACUCCAGCCUCUGUGGCAGCAGAUCCAGCAGCUGCAACUGCAACAGCAGCUCCAGCAACUCACAAACCAGUUGCAGGCCACCACUCAGUUUACCGCCGCUGCAACGGAAGACUCGUCCAGUCCCAGCGAUAGCAAGAAACCUAAGCUGAACUUCGUGCUGUCCGGCCCGACGGCGCCGCAGUUUACCACCUCUCUACCACAGUUCGGAACGAAUCAGCCGCAAAUUCAGCUGCAGCUGAUGCCCGGCGGAGCAGGAGUAACGAGUACCAACACCGCGUCCACUCAGCCGCAGUUUAAUGCCGCCGCAUUGCUGUCCAGUUUGGCAGCUCCACAGUCGUCGGCUCCGAAUAUGAUGUCGCCCAGCAAAUGCUUUCUGCCCGUCACUAUUCGUGACGAGAACUCGGACCAGCAGAUCGUGGCUCAUAUAGACACCAAGAAUUUGAUGCUGCCCACCACCUACCAAGUGCAGAUGAAGCUGCAGCCCCAGCUGGCCACCGCCGACGGACAGCCAAUUAUGCAGCUGACGCCCACCUCUAUCCCGGCCACCUUGCAGCUAACGCCGCAGACGCUGAGCAGCAGUCAAGGAAACAGUUUUCAAGGAACCGCUACUUCUGUAUCUCAAAGCCAAUUUCUUGCGCCGCAGCCCCCUCAGCAGCAGCAGCAGCAACAACAACAGCAACUGGCUCCAGUCACAGCCCAGGUGACCUCCCAGCAAAUCAUCAGAUCUCCGCAGACCAGCACCACCAGUCCCCAGCUGGUUAUUAGGAAUGUGACCACAAUGCCAGCGACUCCCACUACACCAACCAACAGCAAGGAGGCGCCUGCCUUCAAGACACCUCCCAGGCAAAGGCAGUUGCCAGGGCAGAAGCCAAAAGCAAUUCCUAGUCAGGGACCCUCACCAGUAUCAUCCCCGGCUACCAAUCAGCCACCCAUCAACGAGGUCAGGCGACUGGUGACUCCGCCAAAGCAGCAGCAGCCGCAGCCGCUGCCAGUUGUAAAGCAACCACAGACAUCAACAUCAGCAUCCAACCCGGCAGCUUUGCAGCGACUCUCCGCGAACACAACCAUUACGAAGGUGGCCGCUAAGCAGGCUGCCCCAGUGCCAGUCCAGGCUCCAACGCAAGCAGCCACCGCACCCGGAAAGCUGCCCUUGCUGAAUAAGCAGAAUAUCACCAUCAGUCGAAUCUCUACGGUAACGGGGGCCAAGCAGCCAAUGAAGCCACCAGCUCCAGCGCCUGGGCCUCAACCCAUUCAUGUAAAUGUUCCCGCACUUAGCCAAGCGCCGCCUCCGCCGCUGGCAUCCCAGCACAAAAAACCACCCGACCAGGUGCAGGAAACGCCGUCGCAGAAGGUGAAAUCGGCGCGACCACCAGCACCGAAAAUUCAACCUUUGUCCGGUCAAGAUGAGCAAAACACUUCCGGAGAUGCGAGCACGCCAACUGGCGGCUCCGCGCUCAUCUGCCCCACUUGCAACCGCGAGUUCAAGAAGAAGGAGCACCUCACCCAGCACGUCAAGCUGCAUGCGGGGCUGCGACCCUUCAAGUGCUCGGAAGAUGGCUGCGACAAGGCCUUCAGUCGCAAGGAGCACCUGUCCCGACAUUUGAUCUCUCACUCCGGCCAGAAGAUGUACACCUGCGAGGUGUGCAGGAAGCCCUUUUCGCGCAAGGACAACCUGAACAAGCACAAGCGGAUUCACACUCAAACGGCCAAUGAGACGUUUUAUUGCUGCGAUGUCUGCAAUAAGAACUUUGCUACCAAGCUGCACUUUGAGAAACAUAGGGAAAUGCACAAAAAGCCGGGACCGGAAAAUGCUACUCCCCCUGCGGCACCUGCUGCUCCCGCGCCCGCCCAAGUUCGUAGCAAUGGCCAGGUGCCCAAUAAAGCUCAAUUUGAAGUUAAGCAGCGGCCUCUUCAGCAGCAGCAACAGCAACAGCAGCAUCAGACGCAAGCGCAGCCACAGGCACAGCAAGCGCAGAUUAUGCAUGUGGUUACCACCCAGGACCUGGCCGGGAAUACCAUAACGAUAACCCAAGCACCCGACUCCAAUAUGCCCGCAUCUUUGGCCAACUUUGUGCAGCUUGGCUUCCCGCAAUUCCAGAAUGCCAGCGCACCAGCCGCCAACCAGUUAGUAUGUAAGCUCGCCAAGUAGACUCCCUCUCCAGCACCUCCAGUUUACCUCGUUUCCUAGUCCGCCGUCUACGUCUACUCCAGUUCCUUAAUGCUUUUUAGUUAGUACUUGGUGUACUUUUACUUUUCCGUUGUGCAAUAUUAUUUUAACUUAACUUAUUUUAGUUUACUUUUGUGUCAGUGUAGUAUGCUUUUAUUGAGUGUGACCCGCAGUGCUAUUUAUUCCAGCUGUAAUUUUAAGAUAGGCUCCUAGAACGUGUGUGUUUCGAAUCGUAAGACAUUGUAAAUAUCUGUGUAUGUAUGAACGUAUGUAUAAGCUAAAGACAACCUUUUUUGGGUGAAAUAAAAUGAAGAUUCCAUU